AUGACCGUCAAAUACGCUCUCUUCGACUUGGACGGGACUUUGACAGCUCCCAGAGGUGCUGCUACUCCCGAAAUGUUAGAGCUUAUCCAAAAGCUAAGGACUGUGGCAAAAGUCGGCGUGGUAUCUGGCUCUGAUCUUCCUAAACUCAAUGAGCAGUUUACAGCUGACUGCAGGGACUGCGUAGACUACACUUUCCCUGAGAACGGUAUCAUAGCAUAUGAAGGAAAGGAAAUGAUCGGAUCGCAUAGUUUUGCCGAGUUCCUCGGGGAAGAGAAACUCCAGGAGAUGAUUAAUUUCGUUUUACGAUACUUUUCGGAGAUCACCCUUCCUGUCAAGCGGGGAACCUUCGUCGAGUACCGCAUGGGGAUGCUCAAUUUUUCACCUGUCGGACGACAGUGUUCUCAAGAAGAGCGAAUCCAAUUCAACGAAUACGAUAAACAACACGGAAUUCGUCAGAAGUUUGUCGAAGAGAUGGACAAACAGUUUAGCAAGUACGGUGUUCAGUUUGCUAUAGGCGGGCAGAUUUCUGUCGAUUGUUUCCCCAAGGGAUGGGAUAAGACCUUCGUUUUGCGGUACCUCCCUGAGGAUGCAGAAAUUCACUUUUUUGGAGACAAGACUACACUUGGAGGAAACGACUACGAGAUUUAUGAGCAUCCACGUACAAUAGGCCACUCUGUGAAGGACCCUAAGGAUGCCAUGCGGCAGAUUAAGGAGAUUUUCGGUAUAUAA